AACUUCUCUUUCUCUCUGCAGCAGCAAACGUCUAAUAAUGAAUGUUUUGACGCUGAUUAAAGCGAAGCUAAGCUGAAAAUGGAGAACCGGGAGGAACAAGAGGAAGAAGACGACCUUCAGCGUCAGCCAAACCGCAACAAAACAGUGAUAAGAAUCCCUUCAUACCAAGAAGUUUUAGAGAGCUCUCAGUCGAAAUCGACCCCACCUUCUCUCUUCACCCCUUCUGCUUCUUUCUCUCAAGCUUUCUCUUUCCUCAAAUCCUCUGAAUUCUACUCUCCUCCUCCUCCUCCUCCGUCUCUUCCGCCUCCAACCGCCAACGUCUCCGCUGCCGCCGCCACCGCCGCCACCUCGACGUGGAGUGUUGCUGGCACAUCCAGUGCUGUUGCUGGGUCAUCGUCAAAAUCCUCUUUUGCCGCGCAGAGCCGCAAUGCGAUCCUGGUUAGCCAUAGACAAAAGGGUAAUCCCUUGCUCAAACAUAUCAGGAAUGUGAGGUGGGCUUUUGCCGACAUUAUUGGUGACUACUUACUUGGGCAGAACUCAUGUGCUCUUUAUUUGAGCCUUCGUUAUCAUCUGCUGCAUCCAGAUUACCUAUACUAUCGUAUAAGGGAGUUACAGAAGAACUACAAGCUCCGUGUUGUUUUAUGUCAUGUUGAUGUGGAGGAUGUAGUUAAGCCUCUUCUUGAAGUGACAAAAACAGCUCUGCUCCAUGACUGCACACUCUUGUGUGGUUGGAGCUUGGAAGAGUGUGGCCGCUACUUGGAGACUAUAAAAGUCUAUGAAAACAAGCCAGCAGACAUCAUUCAAGGGCAAAUGGAUACAGACUACCUAUCAAGGCUGAAUCAUGCUCUAACAACAGUUCGACAUGUCAAUAAGACAGAUGUUGUCACCCUUGGUUCUACAUUUGGGUCUCUUUCUCAUAUCAUGGAUGCUUCAAUGGAAGAUUUAGCUCGAUGUCCUGGUAUAGGGGAGCGCAAGGUAAGGCGCUUGUAUGAUACUUUUCACGAACCAUUCAAGCGAGUGGUUCCAAACAUUGCUGCUGCAGCUCCAGAAGCUCCUGUGGAGAAAAAUGCUGAAACUGGUUCAAUAAGUGAAGAACAGGAAUCUGUAGAUGAUUUUGCACAGACGAGCAAGCGCCAGAAAAAAGAGCCCGAAUUGACUGUUAAGUCGGCCCUUUCUGCGGCUUUUUCGAAAUAUGCUGAUAAAAUUGGUAAAAGAAACACUAAACCACGAGAUGGGAGGGGAGGCGAACCAAGUACAGGCCAAGACACAGAUGCUGAGAAAAGCUGUUGAGAGAUUUAUGUUUUGGCAGAGUAAAGCCUUCAACAUGAGGAACCAUCUGUUCCAGGCAUUUGGAUCCCUGCUUCAUGCUACUGGAAGUACAUUGACAUUCUUUUUGUUCCCUGACCAGAUACUUGCAUAUUAUCUAUUACUCUACUUUUGCCCAAAUUCUGUUAGAUGUAUUUGAGAGCAGCAGUCACGAAGAGAAGAUUUUCAUUUCCUAGCUAUUUCUAUGUUGUAUUGGAUACCGGAACUUCUCAUCCUGAUGUUUCAUUUGUGUAUAAGUUUCUUUGUAAAAUAUGUUGAUUAUGUUGUGGCUCUCGACAUAUUGUAGAAGCUGAUCGAAUUGAUGUCAGAACUUGUAAGAUGUGCUGUUAAACUGUAUCCAGAAAUGUAACGAAAGAUUUGAUCUUAUGAUA